AUGCCCAGAAGGAAGAGAGGUACUUUUCAGUCAUGGAGCUCUCUCCUAAGCAUGAGGAGGAUCAUGCUUUCCUUCCUCUGCUUACUGAUGCACCUGCUUCAGGAUGAGACAACUUCACUUUUAGUUUUGGACAACCAUGACCUGCAAGAGUCCAUUAAGCCACAGAAGGUAGAGUUCCAUUCAUUGAAUUUCAACACCACUUUGCACUGGCAGCCUGGGUGGGCCAGAGAGGCCAGAGACGUGCUCUACUUUGUGCAGUAUAAAGUGUAUGGGCAGAGCACAUGGCAAAACAAAGAUGAGUGCUGGGGGAUUUCCAGCCGUGUCUGUGACCUAACACAUGAGACCUCUGACAUCCAGGAGCCUUACUACAGCAGGGUGAGAGCAGCCUUGGCUGGUGUCUAUUCCAACUGGAGCCUCAGCCUCAGAUUCACUCCUUGGCGAGAAACUAUGAUAGGACCUCCAAUGGUAACUGUGGUUCAUAGCAACAAAUCCAUAACAGUAAAGCUCCAGGCUCCACGUUCUCCUUAUAAAAGGAAGAGAGGCAGCAAAAUACCAAUGACAAAUUAUUAUGAUCUGCUGUACCAAGUCUUCAUAAUUAACAACUUUCUAGAUGAGCAACACAGGGUCCUGGUGUAUGAAGGGAAAGAGAAGGUUAUUAAAAUACAAGAUUUGAGGCCUGGAGUCAGCUACUGCAUCAUGGCUAAAAUGUACAUGCCAAUGCUGGACCACAGCAGUGCCUACAGCAGCAGGCAAUGCACCGUGCUGCACUGACAGGGCUGGCACCUCUGAGGCAGGGAUAAUGGCAGAAGAUGCCUUCCAUCACAGGUCCAGCUGUAAAUCACCAUCUGCUGUCUAUGUCUGGAAUACAUACUUGGAUAUUUUUAAACUAACCUUUGCUGCAUUAAAUUAUUUGGUUCAUUACAAUCAUUUUAUGCUACCUGAAGGUCAAGAAUUCUUUGUAUGUCUCGUAUUACAAUUUAUGAUGGUAUGUAUUUGCAUUUUCAAAGGAAACAGACUUGUAAUACAAAAAUAAAAG